CCACUGCAUCGAUGUUUGGAUCGAGCCGCCCAGCCAUCGUCGCCUCUAUAUUGUCAGUUGGUUGGACUCUACCGCGAGAGGACUGCAAGCAUACACGCUCAAACAAGCAACAUGAGCUCAUUAGUGAAAGCCUGGCCUUGUGUGACACUUGUUCUCCUGCUGGGCCUUCAUCACGCUUCAUGUUUCUGGAUCCUCAAUGUUGUCUUUCCUCCUGAGACUAAAGCUCAAGCCCCAAGCAACAGCACACCACCACUGAUUAUUGUACCAGGGAACUUGGGGAACCGCCUGGAAGCUAAGAUAGACAAGCAGCAACUGGUCCAUUGGCUGUGCUAUAAGAAAACAGAUCACUGGUUCCCCUUAUGGAUUGACCUCAACAUGUUCAUGCCUAUCGGUGUCGACUGCUGGAUCGAUAACAUUAGACUUGUAUACAACCGGACGGCAAGGCGGUCAUUCAACUCGCCAGGGGUGCAGGUGCGGGUGCCAGGGUUUGGACAAACCUAUCCAAUUGAGUUUCUUGACAAUAACAACUUGGCAGGUUAUUUUCACACCAUGGUGCAGCAUUUAGUCAACAUUGGCUACACACGAAACGAGACUGUCCGAGGAGCACCGUAUGAUUGGAGAUUAACUCCUGAUGCGAAUGCAGAAUAUCUAAUGAAGCUGAAGGACCUGGUGGAACAGAUGUAUAACCAGCACCAGCAACCUGUUUACCUGCUGGGACACAGCAUGGGCUGCCACUAUGUUCUCUACUUCCUCAACAGUCAGCCUCAGUCCUGGAAGGACAAGUAUAUCAGGGGCUUCAUUUCCCUGGCAGCUCCAUGGGGGGGCGCUGUUAAAGUACUAAAAGUCAUGGCAUCAGGUGACAAUGACGGCAUCCCAAUGAUUUCCAACAUCAAGAUUCGGGAAGAGCAAAGGAUGACGAUGACAAAUCCCUGGAUGCUGCCAACAGAGAAGGCCUGGCCCAAGGACCACGUCUUCAUAUCCACACCAAACUUUAACUACACCAACCAGGACUACCAACGCUUCUUCAGAGAUAUCCAUUUUGAGGAUGGCUGGUACAUGUGGGAGGACUCCAAGAACCUGACUGCUGAGCUCCACCCUCCUGGGGUUGAAGUGUGGUGUAUGUACGGUGUUGGACUCCCGACACCAGUGACGCAUAUUUACGAUGAGGAAUAUCCCAACGCAGACCCCAUAGACUUUGUUUAUGAUGAUGGGGAUGACACAGUGGAUAGCCUCAGCAUGAGUCUUUGCAAACGAUGGGUGGGACAGCAGGAGAAGCCUGUCCACGUUACGGAGUACAGAGGAUUACCACACCUGGAUAUUGUAUUCCACGAAAAGGUGCUCAUUCAAAUCCAGCAAAUCUUGGAGGGUGUAUCAAAUACACCCAAAGAGGUUGAUGUCAGACCUGUACAAAAUAACACCAGCAUUUAGAAGUUCAAAAGGGGCUCAUCGCUCAUCCCAAUACGAGCAGGGAUAACAAAUUGUGUAAGCUUGACCCCAAGCCUACAAACAACAUUCCCUUUUCUAAACUGGCACAUUAUGUACAGUUCUGGUCACAAUUUAUAUAAUCAUUAUGGACAUAAAUGUCAUACAUUUUGGCCCUUAAUUAUUUCUUUUUCCAGGGUGGAAUAAUCAAUGAGUUUCCCCUCGACUGUAUGCUUUCUGUAGCCAUCAACAGGCUUCUAGCAUAAUUAUGGUAGGAUAUUUGACUUCGCUUCACAGAACUGGUAGAGUUCAUUUAAAGCAGGGGUAGGGAACCUAUGGCUCGGGAGCCACAUGUGGCUCUUUUGAUGACUGCAUCGGGAUCUCAGACAUUUCUUUACACGAUAAAAUUUUAAUUUGACAUUUUUAAGUAAAACAUUACAGAAAUCAGUGCUAAAAAUAAUAAUAUGUCCUUCCAAUACUUUACGGGUCAGACACCAAAACUCGAUUACUGGAUAAUGCAGUAGCCUACCUUCAUUGUCCUGUUGGAACCCAAUUGAGUCCAACUUCCAGCCUUCUAGCUGCUGUUUUGCAAUCACCGUAAUUUGAAGAUUUUGGAGGUAGUCGUCGUCCUCUGCAAGUCCAUCUACUUUGUGGAGUGCACCAGUGCCAGUGGCAACAAAAGAGCCUCAAAGCAUGAUGCUACCACCACUAUGCUGACAGUUACUACAGUGUUCUUAGGUUUGAAAGUGCUCAAUUGUCUUGUCCGAUUAUAACACUUUUGCCUGUGGGGAUUGCAGAAAAUUCUAAGUAAAUUCAAACUUGUGCAUCUUUUUCAUGUUUUUAAAAAGCAUUGAAAAUGCAUGUUGUAUUAUCAUCCACCCUGGUAAAACAACAGGUCAAAUAAAUCCUUAAGGACCUAAAAUAAAUGACAUCCAUGCCCAUAAGUGUAUUUAAACUUCUGACUACAACUACCGAUAUACUUGGAAGAUUUGAGCCAGGCUUUUUUUUUCCUGUUUCAGUGGAACCAUUUUGGAUGUGGAACCAUUUGUUGUAUGUGGCUUUUCUAAUAAUGAUUUUUGUUUUUGUUUUUAAAUCAAUGUGCUCAAUAGCAUUACUUGUUAAACAUGCUUACUGAAACUAACAAAGCUAUACAGUGUUGUCAUGCAUAACUACAUCCAAAGUAAACUCUGCAGCAGUUUGUCAUUGUGUAUGAUACAAUGUUUGUAAUAGGAAAGUAUACUGUAUAUUCAGUGCCUGGAAUAUGUCCUUGAUCGUUCAUAGGAUAUGGUUAUUCUGCCUUGAUGAACUACAUGCCCUGGCCAAAAGUCACCACGUGGAUUUAACUAAGCAAAUAGGGGUGGGGUUAUUUCAGCAAUAUGUGCUUAAAUGAGGUCAGGUGACUACCUGAAAACUGUAUACUGAAUGACCCAUCACAUGAUUUUUUUUUUUCUUCCCUGAUGACAAUUAGAUUUCAAUGCCAGGAUUUCUCAGUGGUUCAUGGCGCAUGGGACAUUAUUAGGGUUACCGCCAUAGAGUCCAGACCUGAACCCCUUUGAGAAUCUUUGGGCUGUGCAGCAGUCGGAUCAAUACAAAUACAAGUCACCAAUACAAGAUCUUGGUGAAAUAUUAAUGCGGUCUGGACAGGAAUAAAUGUGACAUUGCAGAA